AUGAACUAUGUCAUAGUAAACUCCAAUAAGACGGUGGUGUCAGCCAUCCAAAUGGCCGUUGACGCCAUCCCAGCACUCAAUACUUCCGUCUCAGUGGUACAUGCGGCACUAGGUCCUUUUCUUCGCUCAUACGUAGAUUCUGGCCCGUCAGCCAUUGUUUCUCCUGCCAAUUCUCUAGCUUACAUGGGAGGAGGUUUCGACAAAGCAAUUCUCUUGGAACUCACGGGUGACCGGUUUCCAAACUUCAACUACAAGACUCUUGAACGGUGUAUUCAACGGAAUGCCCACCAUCAUCGCGGAUAUAUAGUUCCUGCCACUGUCCACCACGUUGAUUUGCCUAAGGUAUAUGGAGAAGCCCAAAUGGACUUUGCCUCCACUUUGGCAUACACGAAGAACAUCACGACCUUGCUUCAGGUGCCCACUAUGGUGGUUCCAGAGAAGACUACUUGUCAGGUAGUUUUCGAUACCAUGUGGAGCGUUCUAGUUGAAAGUGGACGCAAGACUGACAAGGUCCGCACAUUAAUUCUUCCAGCGUUAGGUGCUGGGUAUGGAGGGGUGGAGCCGGAGGUCGUGGGCCAGAUAAUGGCAGGAGCAAUUGCUCUAUUUACCAUGGAUAUUCCACCUUUGGCAAGAUCUCUAGCCAUUUUGCUCUUUACUCGUAAAGACCAUCGAAAGUUGGGUUUGCCUGAAGAUAUAGCAGAAUUAGAGUAUUACAUGGACAGAGACAAGUACAUGGACCACAUGGAUAGUUCCAAAGAUAAGUGGCCAUUACCAUGGGACCAACUUACGGAAAUAAUGAAGAUAUGA